AUGGCGGAGGCUGCAGCUCCCGAAACAACAGCCACAAUAUCAGGAGCAGCAGCGGCGGAGGAGGAGGCAGCCGCGUCCUUCCCCACACCGAUCCCCACAGUCACCGCUCUGUAUCCGAGGACGGACAGAGGGGGCGGGGGCAGCGGCGGCAGCCACGGCAGCGGCGGCAGCUGGACUAAACAGGUCACCUGCAGGUAUUUUAUGCAUGGGGCUUGUAAGGAAGGCGAUAACUGUCGCUAUUCUCAUGACCUCUCUGAGAGUCCGCAUAGUGUAGUGUGCAAGUAUUUUCACCAAGGGUACUGUUUUUAUGGAGACCGCUGCGGAUAUGAGCAUAGCAAACCACUGAAACAGGAAGAAGCAACCUUUACAGAGCUAACUACAAAGUCAUCACUUGCUGCUUCCUCAAGUCUCUCAUCGAUAGUUGGACCACUUGUUGAAAUUAAUACAGGUGAAGGGGAGUCAGGAAAUUCAAACUUUGCAACUAUAGGACCAGGCUCAGAGGACUGGGUGAAUGCUAUUGAGUUUGUUCCUGGGCAACCCUACUGUGGCCGUACUGUGCCUGUCUGCACUGAAGCACCCCUGCAGGGCUCAGUGACCAACGAAGAAUCAGAGAAAGAGCAAACCGACGUGGAAACAAAAAAGCAGCUGUGCCCCUAUGCUGCAGUGGGACAGUGCCGAUAUGGGGAGAACUGUGUGUAUCUCCACGGAGAAUCAUGUGACAUGUGUGGGCUGCAGGUCCUGCAUCCAAUGGAUGCUUCCCAGAGAUCACAGCAUAUAAAAUCGUGCAUCGAGGCCCAUGAGAAGGACAUGGAGCUCUCGUUUGCUGUGCAGCGCAGCAAGGAUAUGGUGUGUGGGAUCUGCAUGGAGGUGGUCUAUCAGAAAGACAACCCCAGCGAGUGCCGCUUCGGGAUCCUCUCCAACUGCAACCACACCUACUGUCUCAAGUGCAUUCGCAAGUGGAGGAGUGCUGAAGAAUUUGAGAGCAAGAUCGUAAAAUCCUGCCCACAAUGCCGAAUCACAUCUAAUUUUGUCAUUCCAAGUGAGUACUGGGUGGAGGAGAAAGAAGAGAAGGAGAAACUCAUUCAGAAAUACAAGGAGGCAAUGAGCAACAAGGCAUGCAGGUAUUUUGAUGAAGGACGUGGGAGCUGCCCAUUUGGAGGGAACUGUUUUUACAAGCAUGUGUACCCUGAUGGCCGUAGAGAGGAGCCACAGAAAGAGAAAGUGGAAGCAUCAAGCAGAAACCAGGCCCAAGGAAGCAACAGCUUCUGGGAAUUAUUUGAGGAAGGAGCAAACAGCAACCCCGUUAACAACAAUGAAGAGGCUGUCACCUUUGAGCUGGGCGAGAUGUUGCUUAUGCUUUCGUCUGCAGGUGGGGAGGAUGAACCGACAGACUCUGAAGAUGAGCGGGACGUGUUUCGUGAUGAAGAAUUUUAUGUCUUAGAUCUAUAG